UCUGCGGCUGCUUUCCCACCAGCUUUGUGGAUGCCGGCGGGGAAGGGCCGGGCCGGGCAGCACCCGGGCACAGCGCCCUCCAUGCCCCUGCCCCCACCGCCACGGGCCGGGCUGGGCACGGAGCUCUGAAGAUGGGGGACCAAAAGGACGCCCUACGGAAGAUCAUCACCACGCUAGCCGUGAAGAACGAGGAGAUCCAGAACUUCAUCUACGCCCUCAAGCAGAUGCUGCAGAACGUGGAGGCGAACUCCACCAAGGUGCAGGAGGACCUGGAGGGGGAGUUCCAGUCGCUGUACUCCCUGCUGGACGAGCUGAAGGACGGCAUGCUCAUGAAGAUCAAGCAGGACCGGGCCAGCCGCACCUACGAGCUGCAGAACCAGCUGGCGGCCUGCACCAAGGCGCUGGAGAGCUCCGAGGAGCUGCUGGAGACGGCCAACCAGACGCUGGAAGGGGCCGAGAACCACGACUUCCACCAGGCUGCCAAGCAGAUCAAGGAUAGCGUGACGAUGGCCCCGGCGUUCCGGCUCUCGCUCAAGGCCAAGGUGAGCGACACCAUGAACCACCUGAUGGUGGAUUUCACCCAGGAGCGCCGCAUGCUGCAGUCCCUGAAAUUCCUGCCAGUUCCCAGCGCCCCGGAGAUUGACAUGGCCGAGUCACUGGUGGCCGAUAACUGCGUGACGCUGGUGUGGGGGAUGCCCGACGAGGACAGCAAGAUCGACCACUACAUCCUGGAGUACCGCAAGACCAACUUCGAGGGGCCCCCGCGGGUGAAGGAGGACCAGCCCUGGAUGGUGAUCGAGGGCAUCAAGCAGACCGAGUACACCCUAACUGGGCUCAAGUUCGACAUGAAGUACAUGAAUUUCCGCAUCAAAGCCUGUAACAAGGCUGUGGCGGGCGAGUUCUCCGAGCCGGUCACCUUGGAAACCAGAGCAUUCAUGUUCCGCUUGGACGCCAGCACCUGUCACCAGAACCUGAAGGUGGAGGAGCUGAGCGUGGAGUGGGACGCCAUGGGGGGCAAAGUGCAGGACAUCAAGGCCCGGGAGAAGGACGGGAAGGGCAGGACGGCGUCCCCGGUGAACUCCCCCGCCAGGUGCCUGCAGUCUCCAAAGAGGAUGCCCUCGGCUCGCGGGGGCAGGGACCGCUUCACGGCCGAGUCCUACACAGUGCUGGGCGACACGCUGAUCGACGGGGGAGACCACUACUGGGAGGUGAGGUACGACCGGGACAGCAAGGCCUUCGGCGUGGGCGUGGCCUACAGGACCCUGGGCAAGUUUGACCAGCUGGGCAAGACCUCGUCCUCCUGGUGCGUCCACCUCAACAACUGGCUGCAGGUCAGCUUCACCGCCAAGCAUAACAACAAGGCCAAGAUCCUGGACGUGCCCGUGCCUGACUGCAUCGGCGUCUACUGCAACUUCCACGAAGGUUUGGUGCGGCAGCUUCCACGUCUAUUCGGGACUGCAGGUACCCAGCGCUGUCAAAUGCCUCCAGAAGCGAAACAGCGCCACGAGCAGCUCCAACGCCAGCCUGACUUAGACGCACGUGGCCCCCUGGCGCGGUGGGACCGGGCCACCUCCCUGCAGCACUGGGGCCUGCUGAGUUUUCUUUCCUCCCAGUUCCUGGAAGGCUGCUCGAGGCGGAGAGGCUGGUGCUGCAGCGACUCGAACGCUCAGAAUGUACCGAGACUUACCUACCUACGAUUGUAAACCCCCCUCCCUCUCCCAGAGCGUCCCUUCCCGCCUCCUCACACUUGCCUUUAAGAGAUGGAGGGACAUCCACGAGUCAGCCUUGUGCCAAAAGCAGGCCGUGCGGACGACCGGGAUCUCCAGUCCAGGGGAUGGGGCCUCCUCCGGCUGAAAGCGUUUGGUGGUUUUUGUGGGGGUUUUUUUGGUCCUGGCAGUUAUAAAACCCGACGUUUAAAGGUGGUCCCAGGAACGUGGGCACUCGUUUGCUUUUAGAGCCCGUUAGCCUCUCGGAUGACAAAAGCUGCUUCUGGCCUUAAUAAUAAACCUAGCUCUAGGCAUAGCCUUCC